UCAACGAUAAUAACAAAGUUCACCAGCCUCGCUAUCUCCGCCUUCCUUUUCUCCAUAUUUAAACUGCUCACUCCAUUUCCCUCUCAACUCCCGUCGUUAACUACCUCCGCCGUCCGCCGGCGACUCCAAUUUCCGUUGAAUCACCGUAUCAUCUCCCCCGAUCACCGGAAAUAUCCUUAAUUUUGCGAAAUCUCCAGUGAGAAAAACAAUGUCGCACGCUAUUAACUUCUUUGCUUCAUCGUCUUCACAUUCGCCUGCAACUUUCACAAUCUCAAGGCCGUCGGUGUUUGUAUCAACCGGUAGUUUACGUGUACCGGUGAAGAAAUCGUUAAGGAGUUUAGUUGUGAAAGCGUCGGCAGCGUCAGAUCUCGAUGAGUCACAGUCAUCUCCGGUGUUAGUGUCGGAAAAUGGUUCGGGAGGGGUGUUAUCAAGUGUGACGAAGGAGUAUGGUCGUAAUAAUGCGGUCGCACCGUCAGCGGAUUCGAGUUCGAUUGAAGUGGAUACUGUAACAGAGGCGGAGCUGAAGGAGAAUGGGUUUCGGAGUACACGUAGGACGAAGUUGAUUUGUACAAUUGGUCCUGCUACUUGUGGGUUUGAGCAGCUGGAGGCUUUGGCUGUGGAAGGAAUGAAUGUUGCUAGGAUAAAUAUGUGUCAUGGAACACGUGAUUGGCAUCGUAUGGUAAUUGAGAGAGUUCGGAGGUUGAAUGAGGAGAAAGGGUUUGCUGUUGCCAUCAUGAUGGAUACUGAAGGUAGUGAGAUUCAUAUGGGAGACCUUGGCGGGGCUUCAUCUGCUAAAGCUGAGGAUGGUGAAAUUUGGAAUUUCACUGUUCGUGCAUUUGAUCCACCACUUCCGGAACGCACCAUCACUGUUAACUAUGAUGGUUUUGCUGAAGAUGUAAAAGUGGGUGAUGAUCUACUAGUAGAUGGUGGAAUGGUGAGAUUUGAAGUGAUUGAGAAAAUUGGCCCAGAUGUUAAGUGUCUUUGCACGGAUCCUGGACUUCUUUUACCUCGGGCUAAUCUGACAUUUUGGCGGGAUGGUAAAUUAGUAAGGGAACGCAAUGCUAUGCUGCCAACAAUUUCCUCAAAGGAUUGGCUAGACAUUGACUUCGGGAUUGCCGAGGGUGUAGAUUUUAUUGCUGUAUCAUUUGUCAAGUCUGCUGAAGUCAUUAAGCAUCUUAAGAGCUACAUUAAAGCCAGGGCCCGGGAUGGUGAUAUUGCUGUAAUUGCAAAGAUAGAGAGCAUUGACUCGUUGAGGAACCUAGAAGAAAUAAUUCAGGCAUCAGAUGGUGCUAUGGUGGCAAGAGGAGAUCUUGGUGCUCAAAUUCCAUUAGAACAGGUUCCAUCAGAGCAGCAAAAAAUUGUUCAGCUAUGCAGGCAGCUGAAUAGGCCUGUCAUAGUAGCUUCCCAGUUGCUGGAAUCUAUGAUUGAAUACCCUAUUCCAACUAGAGCUGAAGUUGCUGAUGUUUCCGAAGCAGUUAGGCAACGGGGGGAUGCUUUGAUGCUUUCUGGUGAGUCGGCCAUGGGACAGUUUCCUGAGAAGGCAUUGACUGUCCUAAGAACUGUUAGCUUGAGAAUUGAAAGAAGGUGGAGAGAACAGAAACGCCGCGAAGUUAUUGAAUUGCCAUCCAUAGCAUCUUCAUUUUCCGAUAGUAUUUCAGAAGAGAUUUGCAACUCUGCCGCCAAGAUGGCUAACAAUUUGGAAGUUGAUGCUCUUUUUGUUUACACCAAGAAUGGGCACAUGGCAUCUCUCUUGUCACGCUGCCGCCCUGAUUGCCCAAUAUUUGCAUUUACAACGGCAACAUCUGUACGUAGACGCUUGAACCUGCAAUGGGGUCUAAUGCCUUUCCGCUUGAAUUACUCUGAUGAUAUGGAAAGCAACCUAAACAAAACUUUCUCGCUACUAAAAGCUCGGGGCAUGAUCAAGUCAGGUGACCUCAUCAUUGCUGUUUCCGAUAUGCUGCAGUCCAUUCAAGUUAUGAAUGUCCCAUGAGUGCACAACUUAGUUCUGUACUUGAGUUUUGAGCUUUGGCAACUUCAAUUAUAUGCCAAUAUUAAACUAUUAGAAAGUUCAACAAUUUGGUACUGCUAGGGAGAAAACAACAAUGAGCCUCAUCCUUUCCCGAGUGUGUCCCCAUUUCAGGUGGAUGGAUCUCGACGACAUUUGAUGUUACUGAGUUGCCUUGCACUUGUAGUCAACAUGGAUAUGUUGCAACAUGGUACCAAAGUAGAUUGUGUACUCCCCUGUUUUCCUAGGAUUCCGCAGAUGUAGCCUCUACUUGAGUUAUUUUGAGUUAGAUGUGUCAGUUUCCCUUAGAAAUAAUCGCGAAUAUUAUGAAUUAUGUUCUUACAACUGCUAUGAGUGUGUUGCCAUUGGUUUGCUUUUACUAUCUAUCAAUUUGGAUUUAAUAACAUUUGUCUCUAUUAAUAAUGUUUA